GCAUAGAGGGAGCGAGUUCAGUUCAGGCGCAAGGGUCCUCGGUAAAGGACGCGACGGUCCUGCUAAUCGGGACACCAUGCCAGGCGGCGAGGGGUCCCCGAUCAAUCUCCUCGGCCACCGUGCAUCGACCACUUCCGGCGAGUGCGCGAACAGUGACGAGGAUGAGAGGACGACGGGCACCGCACCGAGCACGAUGACGACCGUCCUCGCGGACGACGGACUCAGACGGAGGAAGGUCAUCCACGCGGCCAAAGAAACCCUCGACAAGGCAUCCCGGCUACUCAGACGAAAGAUACCAUGUACGGGCCACCUGAUGACCCCCCGCCGCCUUUGGAUACAAAAGGUUCCAACUCAGGAAUGCGACGUCAUAGUGAUGUUCCCGAGUGGAGCGAGCGACGAGACUUUGAUGUGGCUUCUAGGCCGACUUCGGGCUGGGACCCCGGGCCUAGUUGUUCACGUUCGACACCACGCCUCGUCGGAUAGUUACGGAUUUUACUUAACAGCCCCUUUUAGCGUAUUGUUGAAAGCCGCCGAGGAGGUGCAUUUGCCAAAGACACUGCGCCAGGAGUUCGGCGGAGGUCUGAAAGAGUUCGUGGGCUCCGAGGCGAGUUGCUUCGAGGGUAGCGACGACGAAGCUCAAUUCUUCACUACUCAGGAAAGGCAGUCCCUGGUCCUGCACCUGCUGCACACGCUCAGAGCGGGAUCGCAGGACCUCCACAGUCUGCCCGGUCUUAAGAUGGUAGAAGGACAAGCAAUUAUUCCAAAGUGCAUUUCUUCUGGGAUCAUUUCUCAGGUCUUCCCUCUUCACGAAUUGCCUGCGUUGGAGAAGCUGCAGCGGACAUGGGUCCGCGCGUUUCUCAGUCCUCAGCCCUUGGACGACAUUUGUAAAUACUUCGGAGUAAAGAUUACUAUGUAUUUCGCGUGGCUCGGACAUUACACCACCGCUUUAAUCGUUCCGGCUGCUGUGGGUGCCAUAUAUUGGGUCGGCAUCAUCGGUAGGAAUCAAGCGGUGGAGGACGUAGCGUACGUUCUGUUCUCCGUCUUCAACGUGAUCUGGGCCACCGUUUAUCUGGAAACCUGGAAAAGAAGAGGCGCCGAACUGGCCUACAGGUGGGGCACCUUGGAUCAAAGAGACGACCUACUUGUCGAGCCUAGGCCUUUAUUCACGGGCACCUUGGAGAUCUCGUCUGUGACGGGAAGACUGGAGCCGACUUAUCCUAGAUGGAAAAGGAACAUGUUCCGGUACUUCGUCAGCGUUCCCGUCAUCGCCGCGUGCCUCUUCUUCGUUUUCAUCGUGAUGAUCCUGAGCUUCCAGAUACAGGAUUGGUGGGACGCCCGUCUGGAGGCGGGAGGAUACGGGUUCUGGCUGAGCUACGUGCCAAAAGUUCUGCUCGCCGUGGUAAUAGCGUUAAUGGACGAGGCUUACUUUAAGGUCGCCGUUUGGCUGAACGACAUGGAAAACUAUCGGCUAGACACCGAGUACGAGAAUCAUCUGAUCUACAAAGUGGCACUGUUUCAGUUUGUAAACUCCUUCCUAUCGCUAUUUUACAUCGCCUUCUACCUACAAGAUCAAGAGAGACUAAAGGAGCAACUGGCAGCUCUGUUGAUAGCCCGCCAGGUGAUCGGUAACCUGAAGGAAUCGGCGGUCCCGUAUCUGAUCGAGCAGCUGCGACUGGCCCGUCUGAGCUUCGAGCUUUUCGGCGCGCUGAGCCCGAGUGAGGCGAGGCCGCCGCCCGGCGAGGAGAACGACGAGAACGGGAAAGAGCCGGACGACAAGAGCGAACGGUCCGACAGCGGGAAGAGCACGCAACCGAGAAACGUCAGCCAGGCUGAGCUGGAAAGUUCCCUCUACAGAGUAGGGCAUCCCACUAAUUCUCUACUUAGUGACGUUACGUUCAAGGUAUUCACCAAGAAGUACGAUGGAGCGUUCUCGGAGCAUUUGGAGAUGCUGUCGCAACUCGGCUACGUAUGCCUGUUCUCCUCGGCGUUCCCGCUGGCAGCCAUGGCGGCCCUGCUCGGAAAUCUGCUCGAGCUUCGCGGGGACGCUUUCAAGCUCUGCUUCGUUCUGCAGCGGCCGUUCGGUCGGAGGGUCUCCAACAUCGGGACUUGGCAGAACGCGAUGGAGGCGAUGGGACUGGUCGCGAUACUGGUGAAUUGCGCGUUGAUCGGACUGAGCGGGCAAGUGCAGCGAAUGUUCCCAGAGAUGUCGGCCACCCAGACGAUCCUGCUGAUCGUCGCCCUGGAACAUAUCAUGCUGGCGAUACGGUUCAUCAUAAUCUGCGCGAUACCCGACAUACCGCACUGGGUGGCCACCGAAAUGGCCAAGGUAGAAUUCUUGAGAAGGGAGGCGGUCAGACGACUGUCCUCUACACCGUCGCCGGAACAACAGCCCGCAACAGUAAUAGGGAGAUUCGUGGUGAGUCCAGCAGACGGUGAGAGCGAAGAACACCUGCUUACCGAUCGCACCGGAGACGCGACCUCGCCGAGUCUCCCGGACACGCCUACCCUGGCCUCGACCGCCCAGACGCCGAGCAGCCCGCCGACACCGAGCGCAGCCUCCGUGCCCAGAAUCUCGGAAACGCCGUCUGCUGCCCAGACACCGGGCAGCGCGGGCAGCAGCGAUAUAGGUACAACUUUCCUGACUGAAAUUAACAUGGGCAGCAUUCGCGACCUUCACAAUACACCUAGGUGCUCCAUUCCUGGCGGAGAACGAGGAAGGAGAUCGAGAGAGUGGUUAACUACUAGCGAGCCGGAGGCAUCCGGCGGGGAUCAGUACAGCCACCACCUGACGAUCGGGCCUCACGGGGGCGUAGACUGGGUCCGAAGAUUGGGCCUCGAACCCGGCGGCAGGAAAUCCAGCGACUCCGAAAUCAGCGGAGCCGGGAGCGUCAACGGAAGGACGGACAAGCUUCCGCAUCUUCAUCGAUCAACCGACUGCAUCGUCUCGAAAGAGCUCGCUUCAUCGUCGGAUAGCGACCUCCUCAGGUCGGCCCCGCCGUGGACGAUGGCGCACAGGAACCAGAAGUUCCGCUUCUCCCCGGACAGGGAAAGGGAACGAGAGAAAACAGAGAAACAGCAGUACCAUCAUCACCAUCAGCAACAACAGCAACAGCAGCUGCAACAACAGCAGCAACAGCAGCAGCAACAACAACAACAGCAGCAACACCACCACCAGCAACAGCAGCAGCAGCAUCAUCAUCAACGGGAGAGCCACGACAGCCAUAGACAGCACACGUCCCACUAUUCCGAGAGGGACAAGGACUCGAGCGGCCGGUCGGACUCGAGCAAAACCAGCCAAGAGGAGGAGAAGCCGAACAAGGAGGAUCAGGAGGCGAAGAAGACCCGGGUGAAGCAGAGCCUGAUGAAGAGGGCGAGAUCCGUCGCGAUUUUCUCGUUGAAGCUGAAGGAACGGCGAGCGAGAGAGGCCGAGCUGAAGGCGAAGGAGGCCGAGAAGGAGGCCAGAUGGCAGCAGCCGCAGUCAUGCGUCGGUGGCGAACUCUCCUGCAUCCCCAUAGACAAGCUUAUAUCCGUGGAUGACAUCGCAGCCAUGGAACUACGCAGACUUAACCAUUAGCCGCUUUCUCUCACCUUCCCCUUUCCCCUUUUCCGUUCCGUUUCGUUUCCACAGGCUACGUAGAAACAUUCGUCUGCGCCAGUGAUACUCUCGCUAUACGAUACGAAUGUUGCUCUAUCGCGACACCGAACCUUCGAUCUUCGCUAAAACCGCUCGAAAAAGAUAACCACCAACCGACGCAAUUCGCGAAACACGCGCGCGACGGAUUCGUAACGAGUUACAGUAAUGUCUCCCUUACUGACGCUCAGAUUACAGUAAUGUCUCCCUUACUGACGCUCAGAUUACAGUA